UCAUUGUAAGACCGACACAAGCUUGGUGAAUAUUCGAUACGUGCUUGUGCUUGUGCUUUGCUAUGAAUUUGCUUUUCACCGAGCGGAGCAGGCAUCAGUCACACCAGAUCACUCGAACCUUACAACAACCAAGGACACAAAGCCUGGUAACCUCAUCUGAUCUCAGAAUGACUAGCAUAAGUGUGAUGUCAUUUCCUUGCAUGCCUUGGCUUGAUUGUCGUUUCUCUGCCAACCCCCUGCUCUAUAUAAAGCACGUAUCUUGUUGCCUCCAUCUUUCCUCCCCAGUCACGUCUACAUAGGUUUCCCAACAGCUAGAACCGUAUUGCUAAAGAUUAUUAGACCGCGUAUCAGUUAGUAGACAAGUGUUGUUACUAGAACGAAUUACGCAGAAAAUGCAGUCCCCUUCUUCAAUUUUCAACUUUUUGUUGGUUGCCCUUGCCGUGGUCUCGAUCGAGGCGGCUCCUCAUUCGGAUGUGCAGGAUUCGUCAGAGGGCUGGAAGCCUACUCCAAACGCCGGCAAUGUUGGCGAAGAUCUCACUCGCAGUAUAGGGCCAGAAAUUUUGCACUCACAGUCGGAGAAGCCAAUCGAGAAGGCUGAUCUCACCCGCUUUCCAAGCACAACCACCAAGACUCGCCGGAUGGUCUAUGGCUGGAGUCCUAAGGGCUUUGAUGGCGACAACGAUGAGAGCAGCAAUCACUCUGAUCUGUCACUCAUGGCAGCCGAUUCACCUGAAACGUCUGAGCACAAGUCGAAAGUAAUUACGAAGCAAAGCGCCCCCUCCGGACCGACUAAACCCAAGGCCGGCCCGAAGGCCGCGCCGCCUGCCGAGGUUCUCAAGGCCUUGUGCCACUCUCUCCUCUCCGGCGAAUCCGGUAAAUCGUCCGACAAGAGCACUGGAGCUCUUUCGCCUGCCGGGAAAGAAUUAGCAGGCAAAGCCAACAGUUCGACAUCCUGGUCUCCCAAGAGUCCAGCCCUCGAGAAGACUCCCGGGAUGGCCACAGACCCCAAACUCAGUCCCAACGCGACUGGCAGUACAUUAAGUGGCGAUAGACAGGUUCCCGCUGGGAACGGCGACAAGUAUUCGGCUGCGAUGUCCUGGUGUCAUCAGUUCAUGAACUAUUCGUCUAGCGACACCGGCGCAUCCCACAGCUCCUCCAGCGUCGGCCCAAAGCCCAGUGUCCAUGCAAACGGCACUGCCCUUCCACCAUCUUCCCCCGUUGACCCUUCCGCCUCUGGUUCGAAAAACGACUCGAAACUCUCCCCAGGCAAGAUCGAGGAUAGCAAGUCGUCCGAUGACCAGGGUGUAGUCGAGGAUAAAUCAGGCAAGGAGAAAAAUCCCAAAGCCCCCACAAACUUCAAAGUCCCAUCAAACCAAGUUCCGUCCUCUUAACCAGUAUUCAACACAAUUCUUGGCGAAACACUUUUCUCUCUCUCUCUUAUAACUUAUCCUUACAAAUGCGGACGUAGUUGUUCCUCAGCGUUUCUUAUCUCUCUCUUUCUAAGCCAGAGUGACACCGGUGUCUAUUUCUUUCCUUUCUCUUUCAAUCUUACUAGUUGCUUGCGCAUGCAACGUGGAUCUUUCCGGCUCCUUCCAUUCAUUCAAACAAUUUUAAAAGAUGUGUGUGAAUCAAAUAAGGAAUAAAUUCUCUUGAGUUCUCGAAAUCUGAUUCUCUUUUCAUGAUAUUCAUGGACAGUUGUGUGAGUCGAAAUGCCCUCCAUGGCUGGAUGAGCUCUUACAUAAUUAGUUGAGUGACGCAAGUAUCAAUCGGGAUAGAACAUUGUCUUGGUUCUUCUGUGUCUGGAGUGUCUGGGCGCAUUGCAUACUUGGUGCGAG